GAGGUCUCUGGAAAACAGCCAGACAACUGUUAUGGGAACAGCAAGCCCAAAUAAAGCUCAAGCAUCAGGAGGAUCUGAGAGCUGAAAGCAACUUCUGUUCCCCCUCCCUCAGCUGAAGGGGUGGGGAAGGGCUCCCAAAGCCAUAACCCCUUGUAUGGGAUUUAGAAGGCAUAAAAAGGCCCCUGGCUGAGAACUUGCUUCUUCAUUCUGCAUUUGGUGCCAGAACUCUGGAUCCUGAACUGGAAGAAAAUGUCUAUCCAGGUCGAGCAUCCUGCCGGUGGUUACAAAAAACUGUUUGAAACUGUGGAGGAACUGUCCUCGCCGCUCACAGCUCAUGUAACAGGCAGGAUCCCCCUCUGGCUCACUGGCAGUCUCCUUCGAUGUGGGCCAGGACUCUUUGAAGUUGGAUCUGAGCCAUUUUACCACCUGUUUGAUGGGCAAGCCCUCCUGCACAAGUUUGACUUUAAAGAAGGACACGUCACAUACCACAGAAGGUUCAUCCGCACCGAUGCUUACGUACGGGCAAUGACUGAGAAAAGGAUCGUCAUAACAGAAUUUGGCACCUGUGCUUUCCCAGAUCCCUGCAAGAAUAUAUUUUCCAGGUUUUUUUCCUACUUUCGAGGAGUGGAGGUUACCGACAAUGCCCUUGUUAAUGUCUACCCAGUGGGGGAAGAUUACUACGCCUGCACAGAGACCAACUUUAUUACGAAGAUUAAUCCAGAGACCUUGGAGACAAUUAAGCAGGUUGAUCUUUGCAACUAUGUCUCCGUCAAUGGAGCCACUGCUCACCCCCACAUUGAAAAUGAUGGAACCGUUUACAACAUUGGUAAUUGCUUUGGAAAGAAUUUUUCAAUUGCCUACAACAUUGUAAAGAUCCCUCCACUGCAAGCAGACAAGGAAGAUCCAAUAAGCAAGUCAGAGAUCGUUGUACAAUUCCCCUGCAGUGACCGAUUCAAGCCAUCUUACGUUCAUAGCUUUGGUCUGACUCCCAACUACAUCGUUUUUGUGGAGACACCAGUCAAAAUUAACCUGUUCAAGUUCCUUUCUUCAUGGAGUCUUUGGGGAGCCAACUACAUGGAUUGCUUUGAGUCCAAUGAAACCAUGGGGGUUUGGCUUCAUAUUGCUGACAAAAAAAGGAAAAAGUACCUCAAUAAUAAAUAUAGGACUUCUCCCUUCAACCUCUUCCAUCACAUCAACACCUAUGAAGACAAUGGGUUUCUGAUUGUGGAUCUCUGCUGCUGGAAAGGAUUUGAGUUUGUUUAUAAUUACUUAUAUUUAGCCAAUUUACGUGAGAACUGGGAAGAGGUGAAAAAAAAUGCCAGAAAGGCUCCUCAGCCUGAAGUUAGGAGAUAUGUGCUUCCUUUGAAUAUUGACAAGGCUGACACAGGCAAGAAUUUAGUCACACUCCCCAAUACAACUGCCACUGCAAUUCUGUGCAGUGACGAGACGAUCUGGCUGGAGCCUGAGGUUCUGUUUUCAGGGCCUCGCCAAGCAUUUGAGUUUCCUCAAAUCAAUUACCAGAAGUAUUGUGGGAAACCUUACACAUAUGCAUAUGGACUUGGCUUGAAUCACUUUGUUCCAGAUAGGCUCUGUAAGCUGAAUGUCAAAACUAAAGAAACUUGGGUUUGGCAAGAGCCUGAUUCAUAUCCAUCAGAACCCAUCUUUGUUUCUCACCCAGAUGCCUUGGAAGAAGAUGACGGUGUAGUUCUAAGUGUGGUGGUGAGCCCAGGGGCAGGACAAAAGCCUGCUUAUCUCCUGAUUCUGAAUGCCAAGGAUUUGAGUGAAGUUGCCCGGGCUGAAGUGGAGAUUAACAUCCCUGUCACCUUUCACGGACUGUUCAAAAAAUCUUGAGUGUAUUCUAGCGAGAUUUGUUUUUGGUAUCAAAACCAUGAAAAUUAGCUUCAGGUCUGCAAUCAAGUUCUCUUCUGUUUUAGCCUGAUAUGUCAUGGUGUUAACUUGCAGAUGCACACAAUUUUGCAGUGUUUAACAGAAAGCACUGAGUUGAGCAAGCAAUUCCUUUAUAAAAAAAAAAAAUAAGUACAUAUUUAGAUAAUCAUACUUCCUCUGUGAGACAGGCCAUAACUGAAAAACUCUUAAAUAUUUAGCAAUCAAAUAGGAAAUGAAUGUGAACUUACUAAACUGCUUUUUAUUCCCAUUAUAAGAGCAUAUUUUAGGUACCUGUCUGCUCCAGUUAUAUUUUUAACAUUUAAAAACCAAAGUCCUCUACACUGGAUUUAUAUUAUAUGUGGCUUUGCUGAGUCAAGGCAGUAUCACGCAAUAAGGCUUAAUUACUAAAUGUCAAACCAAACUUUUUCUCAAGCCAGAGACUAUCAUCUAAGAGUAAUUACAGUAAUUAUUUUGCAUAUAUGUAACUGCUCAAAGAUUAUGAAGCUCAUGAAUAUUAACCUUUCCACUUAUUACAAGCAAUUAUUAUUAUUUCUGAUUUUAUAAUAAGAUUGGUGUCUAAUCAAUUGAGGCCUCUCAACCAAAUAACAUCUUAGAGAUUAAGUUAUAUAUUAAAAGCUUAUGUAACAUAAAAGCAAGUACAUAUAGUAGUGACUAUAUUAAAAAAACAUAAGAGGAAAUACUUACAAAUGCAACAUUUACUUAAAAUCAGAUUGUGAGAUAAUUUGGGGGGAUUCUACUUUAUUGCCUCUUUUUGGUUUAAAUAUAUUUAAGCAUUGUGCAAUCACUUGGGGAAAAAUAUUAAAUUAUUAACAUUCAGGUAUUAAUACAUUUUAAGUACUUUUUUAAAAAAUUCAUUUUGUUCUAGAGAUUAUUUUAAAAUAAAUAUUGACA